AGGAGAUGUAAGAAAGCAAUGAUAAUGAACUAUCUGUAAAAUAGUACGACAAUAGAGCACCACCUCUAAUUGUAUGCAAGGAAUAUUCAUAUUCAAUAGAACACAACAGUCGACUUUUAGCGGCGGUAGUUUAAGCCUUUACUUCCUAAAUCGUUGUUAGAACUUCGGGGUUUGGAAGGAGGAAGCAUAUCGAUAUGGACAACAUUACAGUGAAUUAUUUAACCUUUACAGACGGCCCCACAGAAGCAGUUACGGACUAUCUUCCCCCUGGAUGGUUGGAAUACAUCUACUUCUCCAUUCACUUAAUCAUAUUCCUCGCGUCAUUGAUAGGUAAUUCCUUGGCAGUGCUGUCACUGAUAUCCUCAGCUUCACAGUUCUAUGUGUGGUUCUUUAACCUCGUGUCAGCAGAUCUGUUAAAGACGUGUAUAUGUAUGCCUUACACCCUCUAUCUAAUAUGGAAUUAUAAACUCUACAGAAAGAUCGCUCACCAAUCUCUCAUCGGGGAUCCUCCGUUUUGUAGAGAAGAAGGGGCAAUCUUCAUGGUAUGCAUGUUGGUUUCACUGCUGAGUAACAUGUCCAUUGCCGUGGACAGAGUCAUUGCUAUAACUGCACCAAUGUUCUACGCAAACCUUCAAAAGAGAAUCAAGCCCCAAAUUCUUUUCCUUGCCACCUGGAUCUUCAGCAUCACGCUGGCUAUAGCUCCUGCUUUACACGUUAACACGUACGUGUACAAGCCAUUUGUCCCGAACUGCUCCCUUGAGCUACAUAAUCAUUUGCACAAGUACAUGGACGUCUACUGGACUAAAAUAGUGGUGGGAAUACUGUACUCCCUGCUAUUCGGACUCCCUAUUGCUGUGGUGUGCACCAGUUGUGCUGUCGUAACGUACAAGCUCUACAAGAAAACCAUUAUACCGUCAGAAGAUGGGAUAACAAAGAAAAAUUUAGAUAAGUCUCUGACCAGGACAGAUGUGAUUGUAUCUGAGGAGGACAAUAUGGAAAGCAAAGCAGAGAAAAGUUUCAUUGCUUGUGACAAAAUGGAAAUGCUUCACCGACCGGAGCCCCGCCAAAUGAAGAAACAGGGCUCUCUCCUACGGCGACAAAAGCUCCAGAAGAGAGCAGGGUUAACUAUGACCCUAGUUGCAGCAACGUUUUUCCUUUGUCACGUGUGUCUUUUCACUUAUUGGGCAUUCUAUGACAGUGGGAUCUACAAUGGCUGUUCAGCCUUAUCCAAACGAAAUGAGGAUUGGAGUUACGGAUCGUGCGUAGUGUUCCACACAGCCAUCAUCACCCUGGUCUACCUUAAUGCCCCCCUCAACGUUAUCAUAUACUACUACCGGUGCUCUUACCUCCGACAGAGAAUGCAGGACUUUUUGGGGGUUUUGGCAAAUGUGCUUUGUUUUCCAUGCUUAUGGGGGAGGAAAUUUGCACGAAAAUUGUUUUGAACAUUUUCACAUUUUAAUUUAUUGACGCUUGCUGAAUUUUUGUGAUAUUGAAUUUCAUGAGUUAAUAAAAGGAUCGGGGUGUUUGUUGGGGCUCGAAAGGAGAAUAACCAUCAUUUUAUUUGAUAAGUACACAGAUAAGCUCAAUACUUUAACGAAGUUAGGAAGUUGGUUAGUUGCCAAUUUUAUUAACGUCAGAGACACGAUUGCCGUGAUUCAAAUUAAAUGUGAUCAUAUGAAGUAGCUACGACAAAUAAAUAUUUGAAUUGUAUUUGUAAAUAGCAAUAUGUAUCAUUUAACAAUUAAUCAAUGAAGAUCUUGAUGGAUUAGGUAAAGUAUAAUAA